GCAAUUAAAACGCAAAUUGUAGAAGUGAUUCAAGUAAAUUCCUGUGCACUACUUCAUCAGUUACAGAUAGAGUGGGAAUAUUGGAAAUCAAAGCUAGUUCUAUUAAGACCGCGUUACCACACACGAAUUUAUAAUGUACAAAGCUCAAACAUUCCGAACGCACAGUCUUCUCGCUCAAAGGGAUGCGAGGGACGCAAUCGAAAAAAUCAAACAGACCAUGGCAUGGCGGCCCCAUUGCAAUGUGCUGGACAUCGGUUGUGGAACUGGGAACGUUACGCACGACGUUCUUCUGCCAAUUCUACCAGAAUCGAGAAAUACCAUAAUUGGUGUCGACAUAUUAACCGAAUUCGUACAGUAUGCGAAUGAAAAGUACGGCGACAAGAUUGUUUUUGAACAAAUGGAUAUCGCUAACUGCCAAAUUCACGGAACGGACUACGAAGAGCAUUUCGAUCAUAUCUUCUCAUUUUACUGCCUGCACUUUGUAGGCGAACAGGAGCUAGCGCUAAGGAAUAUUUACAGGCUGUUGAAACCAAGUGGUGACUUCUUCUUCACCUGCUUCGUAAAGUGUAACUUGUUUGAAGCAAUCCGAUUUCUGGCUGGAACCGAGAAGUGGAAGCCGUCCAUGUCGGAAUAUCAUAAGUAUCUAUGCCCAUACCAAUUCUCCUCGGAUCCCAUAAUUGAUCUCGAACGAAUGCUGUUAAAAAUUGGAUUUAAAGUUUUACAGUUGAGCAUCGAACCAAAGGAUAUCAUGUUGCCGACGGAGUCCGCUUCCGCAUUUAUGUUUUCGCACUCGCCAAUCGAGUUGCCUCUAGAUUUUCCGUCAGCCUGCCUAGAUGUUUUAAGGGAGUGGAAUGAUGUACAUACCAAAGAAGAUAAUAAAGAAUAUUGUUGCCUGAAGUAUCAUAUGAUUUUUGGAUAUGUUGCAAAACUUUAGUAAUCUGUUUUAUGUAUAAAUUUAUGUUAUGUAUAUUAUUUAUCUAUACCUAAAUGUAUCAUAUGAACAGGCUUUUUAUACAUGUAAGGAAAACCAAGAAAAUUUUAAAUUAAA